AUGUCCCGAUCAUCCUAUGACCGAUACCUGACUGUCUUCUCACCAGAAGGAAGACUGUAUCAAGUCGAAUAUGCGUUUAAGGCCAUCUCAGGUGCAGGUGUCACCGCCGUCGCUGUGCGGGGAAGGGACACUGCGGUAGUCAUCACCCAACGCAAAGUUCCCGACAAGCUUCUUGACCCCGAGACCAUCACCCACUUGUUCCAGAUCACGCCGACUAUCGGAUGCGUCAUGACCGGAAUGAUCGCCGACGCUCGUGCUCAAGUGCAAAGAACCCGAUCGGAAGCUGCCUCUUUCCGGUACAAGUACGGCUACGAGAUUACGCCUGAUGCCCUCGCAAAGCGGAUGGCAAACAUCAACCAGGUGUACACUCAGCGAGCCGGUAUGAGGCCUUUAGGCAUUUCGAUGAUCCUAAUCGGCCCCGACGACGAAAGAGGACCUCAGAUCUUCCAGCUUGAUCCAGCAGGGUUCUUUACGGGAUACAAGGCGACCGCGUCCGGUCAGAAGCAGACCGAGGCGAACAACUACUUGGAGAAGAAGUGGAAAACGAUGGAGACGGACAAGAAGGUCCUGGAGCGUGCGGACGUUAUCGAGAUGGCGAUUGAAUGCCUCUCCACCGUCUGCGCCACAGACUUCAAGGCGUCCGAGAUUGAGAUUGGUAUUUCGUCUACUUCGGCAGACGAGCCGGCGAAGAAUGGAAAGGCGGGUGCAUCGGGGAUGUUUAGGCAGAUGGACGAGGAGGAGAGGGGGGAGUGGCUGGUCCGUGUCGGCGAGAAGGAUUAG